GGCACCGAUUCUCUCUGCUGCAUUGCAUUUGCAAAUUGCAUGCAUGCAUGCAUGCAUGGAUCCUUUCCCAACGGUUGUACCUCUACCCAGAGAGACACCAUGAACAUUAUAUAUAUACCAUACGAUACCCCAUACACCACCAUCACCAUUUCCGUUGUUUGAUAUUAUUUAAAAACAAGUUCGGUGUUUGUGCGAGGGUGUGCUUUGUUGUUUUCAACACAUAACACAUUUGAAGAAGAUGGAUCAAGGCACUGCUACAGUUUUGCUGUUUUUGGUGGUGGUUGCCAUCAUCUUCUUUCUGCCUUUGGCGAUGGGUCCUGUUCAUCCGCCCUCCUUUCCUGUGCUCCUGGUCUUCCCUGUUGUUCUAGGAGCAAUCUGGGCAUUCCUCAAUCAUGCAACCAAGUGAUGUCAAUGUUCUUCUUCUUCUUCCUCCUCUGAGUACUAUAUUAAUAU